CAUCGACCGCAUAAGGCACUGAAAAUAUUUUUACGAAUAAAAGAAGCAUUUUCCCAUGGCCCUUGUCAUUUCGCCCAUAGCACUUUCCCUUUUGCGCCACGCGAAUUAAACCCCAACGGAAAAAAGCCGCUCUACCUGCGUAAACCAAUUUUAUCGCUAGCUUAACAUAAUCUACGCAUCGAAAAAAAAAAUAAAACCUCCUGGUUAUAAUAGGCAAAUUGCGAGAAACACGAAAAGGGAAAACGUAACAGAUUAACAAAAAAAAAGAAAAAGCAAAAUGGCGAAUACAUACGACGAGUUGUACAUACCCAUCAGCUACUACCUUCUACAUAACGAAGGCAAUCAGGCGGGCACGGCUAGCGAGCAGCCAGGGAAAAAGCCGGGCAAGAAACCAGUCAUCAACAAGUCCUCCCUCAUUAUCGACAUAAAGCCCUACGGAGAAGAAACCAACCUGGACGAAGUGUUAAAACUGGUGAAGGGAAUCGAAAUGGAAGGGCUCACAUGGGGAAAGGCGCACAAAAAGAUGCCCUUUGCAUUUGGCCUUUUCAAGCUACAGGUUUCCUGCGUCAUCGUGGACGACCUGAUAAACACAGACGAACUUAUCGAGAUGAUAGAGAAUGUGGGGCUAAGUGAGGAGGAUGUUAAGAAGAAAAAGGAGCUUCAAGAAUUGAUGGAAGGUGAAGAAGUUGACGAUGAGGAGGUAGAAGGACUCGUUCAGUCCGCCGAGAUUAUUUCCUUUAAUAAGUUGUAAUUCAUUUUACAGCCCUUCUCUGCGCGAGUGGGCAUGGGUCCGUGUAUAAGUGCAUCCAACG